AUCCCAAGACAGCGUCUUCCCAGGGUGCAUGAUUCUCCCAGGCGGGAGCGUCGUGGAGGGUAUCAUUGCCAAUGUGGUUGUUUUUCUCUCCCUGCUUUCAGGUGCACUGAUGUUUUCCCUUCUUGGUAAAGACCUAGUCUGUCUGAGGUUGGCAGAGGAACCGGCAUCAGCUGCAAGACCCCGGUAAGAGAAUGAGUGAGAGAGACUUACGCAGCUUGAGCAGAUGGGGAUUUGUGCUCACUCUCUGCCUUAUCACGCUAUGGGGAAGACUGACGCUGGCCUCCUCCCACCACAGAAGCCAUUCAGUGCGCGUGGAGCCUGGCACGUGCGAAGUCAUCGCCGCCCACCGCUGCUGCAAUAAGAACAAGAUCGAGGAGCGCUCCCAGACGGUGAAAUGCUCCUGCUUCCCCGGGCAGGUGGCGGGGACGACCCGCGCAGCCCCCUCCUGCGUGGACGCCUCCAUCGUCCUUCAGAAGUGGUGGUGCCAAAUGGAGCCGUGUCUAGAAGGGGAAGAGUGUAAGGUGCUGCCGGACUUGUCAGGAUGGAGCUGCAGCAGUGGCAACAAAGUGAAAACCACCAAGGUCACGCGAUAGUUUCCGUGGAAGUCCCUCUGGAGGGUUGCCCCGAUGCACCACGGCAUCGCUUUCGCCUGGCCGCAGGAUGCUCCGGCCGCGUCCCGCAGAGCCGCGAGCAGCAGGAGGGUCGCUGUGGCACGAGGACUGCAGCAGCACGGGGCCGGGAUGGCAGCGCCUUGUGAGCACCCGGCUGGUCUCGGUCCCCCGCGUCGGGCGGGGGCUCUGCGCUCACCCUCCGCUGGAGCAGCCUCCGGGAUUACAGACAAAGGGCACCGACGCAGCCGCCCGGCCUGGGAUGCGCGGAAACCCCCCUUGUUGUUGUGGGUCAAAACCCUGCCAGCCCCUGGCGUAAUGCACCCGCGGAGGGGCUGCUGCAGAUGCGACGGUGAUGGGCUCUGAAUGCGGUUGCCAGCCUCCCUCUGCUCCGCGCUCCCCCUCAGCCUCACGGAUGCGCGCCAGGAAAUUUGCAGUUUUCCCCAUGCCGGUCAAUCAAGCCCUCGAGUCACAUAGACUCUGCUGACAGUCACAAAGCGAGGGGGGGUGGGAAAUAGCUUCGUUCUUUCUGCUGAAAAUUGCAGUGGCUUAAAUAAUGGCUGUGAGAAGCAUCUCUCCCCCCGGUCUCCAAGAGGGGUCAUUGCCAGGAGUUUAGGAUGCCGCACCUGGGUACCGUCCUCCCCACCUCGGUCUCCUGGCUCGGAGGAUGCGGACGGGACUGGUGAGAGACCUGCAGGCUCCCAGCUGAGGCAGGGGUAACCCCACUCACGUCCAUGGGAUCGUGCUGUCUUUGCCCCGGGGGGCCGGAGAUUAAAAUCCAGCCUCGCGUGUAGCUAAGCCCGCAGCCCAGACUGAGCCCCUGAUGGAGAGGUAUAAUGCCUGCCCUGAGCAUCCCGCCAUUUCGGAAGCAAAGACCGGCUGGUUUCCCCUUGCUUGGGGAUUGCAUGAAUCGGGCUGUUCGUUUCAAAGCUGCUGUCUGCAGCCCACAUCACAGGAGCUGGAUUAGCACUAGUCUUUGCAGGAGAAGUUCGGGGAAGGGAAUCUCUUCUUCCUGUUCAGCCUUUCGUGCCUGGUUCAGUAGAGGUUGUUCGCCUGCUCAGUCCUUUGCAUUCAAGAGGAAGAAGCCAGAGCAUCCCAGGCAUCUGCAGUGAGCUCAGAUCCCUUACCAGGGCAAAUGAUGGCUCCUCGUUUCCUACCACGUCUUGGGGGCUGUGGGGAGAGACGGCAAACCCCAUUGUGCCCGCUUCUCCUUGCUGCAAAUCUUGGUCAUAAGAGGCAGCUGCAGGCCCUUGGCCUUGGGGUCCACGCUGUGCCCUGGUGGAGGAGCUGCCACGGGCCUCGGCUCUUUGGCUGUCCCGGCUGGCGCCCAUCGGUGCAGGGUGGGUUGUGCUGCUGGAGCCUGCUUCCCGGAGCCAGAGUGAGAGCUGCCCCCGGAGCAGGGCUCCCAGGCACGUCUUCUGUGGAGGCAGCGCUGCUCUUCCCUCCAGCUGCAGCGCCCCGGGCAGGACUUGCAACAUCUGGAAUUGGUGCGGUGACUCCAGAAGCACGUGCAGGGAGGGCUUGGAAGUGAGACAGCCGGCGCAUUCACCGCUGACCUGCGCUGCAGGCGUGCCGCAUGGGAGCGCUGAGGCCGAGGGCUGGGAUGGAGAUGGAGCAGCAGUGAGGAGGAGCAGGAGAGCCCCUUUGCAAUGCCUCUGGGUCCCUCCUGUUUGAGGCCCUGAUACCACCGCCAUCCAACCUGCCAGGUUUGGUACCCACCCGCUUUUGUACUGGGGUUUGAACCCGUGCCCAGGAGGUGAUGUACAGACCAGACUGUGGAAUAUUAAAUACAUUUUAAUCUCUGCA